GUUUUAAACGUAGCCCUGAGCAAGUAAUAUAAAUGUCACUUUGCUUAUCGUGGCCGUCAAUUUAUGUAUUUAUAUCAAUUUGCUUUCUUUACAAUUUUAGUAAAGAAAUUAUCUAUCACAGUUUUAUAUUUUAGGUUAACGAAUCAUACCCUACGCAUUGAUUACGCAUAGGUAUUCAAGAUGUCUCAUCAAACAGGAAUUCAAGCAAAUGCAGAGCUCAAGAAGUACUUUGGAAAGUGUCGAGAUGGAAAACUCCGUGUUAUGAAAGUCAGCAUAGACAAUGAACAACUUACUUUGACCAAGCACUGUGCUGUGAAAGGAACAUGGGAACAUGAUUUUGAUAAAUAUGUACCCACAUUGAUUGUUGACGACCAGCCAUGCUACAUAUUGUACAGGUUGGAUACAACAAACUCCCUUGGUUAUGAUUGGUUGCUACUAAGUUGGUCACCAGACAGUGCACCGGUCAGGCAAAAAAUGUUGUAUGCAUCCACAAAAGCCACCUUGAAGCAAGAGUUUGGUUCUGCCCAUAUAAAAGAUGAAAUGCAUGCAACAGUUAAGGAAGAAGUAUGCUUAAAAGGUUAUAAAGCACAUCUAAGUGGUAUAAGUGCUCCAGCACCGCUUACUGAUAGAGAAGAAGCAUUGAAGGAGCUGCAACAGACUGAACAUAACACUAACUAUGGCACAGACUCAAGACAGUCAACGAUGGGCGGAGUAGCAUUUCCGAUAACGGAAGCAGCAGAACAGGGUAUACUUGAUCUCAGACGCGGUUCCUACAAUUAUUUACAAUUUAGAAUAGACUUAGAAGAAGAGAAGAUACAUUUGUCAAAAGCGGGGGAGAUACAACGCGGCGAUUUGCCAAAGCAAGUGCCGAGCGACCAGGCCAGAUACCAUCUUUAUGUGUUCGACCAUUCUCACGAGGGCGACCACCUUUCUAGUGUUGUGUUCAUCUAUUCAAUGCCAGGAUACAGCUGCAGUAUAAAGGAGCGAAUGAUGUAUUCAAGCUGUAAAGGACAAUUCUUAGAGAUUAUUGAAAGAAUGGGAGUCGAGAUUGCCAAAAGACUUGAGAUCGACGACGGCAAAGAGCUAACAGAAGAAUCCUUAUACGACGAGAUUCACCCGAAGAGAAAUCUUCACCGGCCUGCCUUCGCUAAGCCCAAAGGGCCACCUAACCGCGGUGCCAAAAGAAUAACUAAAUCGCAGCCCGCUCAAUAAUUUAAUUACAAAUAUUGACAUUUGAGAACGUACCUCGAUUGGUACAUUUCCAAAUAUUGACAUUUGAGAACGUAACUCGAUUGGUAAAUUUCCAGAUAUUGACAUUUGAGAACAUAUCUCAAUAGUUCAUUUUCAAAUAUUGACAUCUGGAUGAAUCUUCCUUCGACAUAUUUCCUGUCAAUGCACCCUUAUGUAGUAGGAAUUAACGAUAUUAUUGCUUCGCUCAGCUGUAUACUAAGCACCUUUAAAUAC